CGAAUGAGUCACGUGAAGUGUAAAGAAGUGAUCUGUGGGUGGUAAUUACUAGAUCCUUUGAUAGGAAUUACGUUUUUGAGCACCUUAAGCACAGAUUGCGUGAAGGAAAAUCUCAGAUUCACAGUAGUAGCUAUUGUUUUUGUAUUAAUUCGUUGCCACCUGGACGAAAUUUUGUCAUUCACCGCGUGGUCGCAUAUUGUUUCAAAUGAGUAAAAAAGGAAAAAAAACAAAAGGAAAGACUCUUCCUCUCAAUGAAUUUUUAGCCACUGGCCCAACACCAGGCGUUGCACCUGUUGUAACCCGUAAACUUGGCGGCAGCUGGGCGGAUGAUGUGGAUGAUGAUGAUACAGACACUGGUCGGCGUGUGGUGCUCCCGACUGCACCUCGAGCUACAUGGGGAACUGAUGUGGAUGACUCGAUUGUACCCCGUGACCCACCGUAUACGGCCUUCCUGAGCAAUCUGCCAUUUGAAACUGAGGAGGAUGAACUAUAUAAUGUCUUCAGGGAUUUAAGGGUUCACAGCGUUCGGCUGCCCGGCGGAGAUCGCGGGAAGCGAGGCUGUGGGUAUGUGGAAUUCGAGGACCGUGGCAGCCUCAUCUCCGCCCUGGCGAUGAUUGACACGCAGCUGAAAGGCAGAAAUAUACGUAUCGCUGUAGCGGACAACGUUUCAGAUGACAGGCGGCGGGGCAUGAGGGAUCGGGAGAGGGGGCUUGACCCCGACCGCAGCAGUGCGGGCGACUGGAGGUCAGGCCCACGCGAUGAGCCUCCGCCGCGGGACUCGUGGGAUGGUCAGAGGAGAGGCUUUGGCGACCGCUUCGGUGAUAGAGAUCGGGGCGGUUUCGGGUCUCGCGAAAGAUUUGGAGACCGGGGUGGUUUCCCUUCAUCUGGAGGCGGGCGGUUCGAAGACAGAGACCGUAGAAGCUUUGGACCCCGAGGCUUCGACGAGAGAGAUGGCCCGCGCAGAGAUGACUUCCCAUCAGGUGAGCCAUCACAGAGGCCACGGCUGAACUUGCAACCCCGCACAAAACCUCUGGAGGAAGUCGCCGCUCCCAUUGCGAAACCUCCCGAGCCAGCACCGGCUACUGGCGCGAAGGCUGCCUCGGUAUUUGGUGGGGCUAAGCCCGUGGAUACGGCAGCCCGAGAGCGGGAAAUAGAAGAGCGUCUGGCUCGCGAACGCGGAAUGUUGGGAGUCGGUGCUGGCGGACCCCCAAGUACAGCAAGGGACUCCCGUGGUCGCGAAAGGGACUGGGAUCGAGACCGGGACAGGUUCUCCAGUACGAGCAGCGAUCGCCGGCGCGAGGACUCCUGGCGGAAUCCCCCUGCAGGGACCGGUGGAGACUCGAGUGACGGCGGACGCACUAGCCCGUACGGGAGCGACAGGGGCCGGCGGGCGGAGCAGGGCCGUGGCGGGGGCAGUGGGCAGAGCUCUCUGGACCGGCAGUCGCAGUCCCGGUCCUGGUCCAAUGACCGUGACGAAAGACCCAGAACGGGAGGUUCGACCCCCGUCCCUCGCAGUGACGGAGCCUACAUUCCUCCUCGAGGACGGACUGAAAUGCGAUCUCCUUCUCGGGAGCAGGAGAGGGUACCGGUACGUAGCAGGGACAGAGAUAGCAGCCAGGAAGAAAGUGCGCGAAUGCCCAAAUACCACGAGGAAGAGACACCGAGCUUCACGGCAUCAAACAAGUUUGCUUAUCUGCCGAGUGAAGAUGACCCGCAGGCGGCAGGGUCUGACUAGGAUGCGGCUUUGUCAACUUCCCGCCAGUCCUCUCCUCUGUUUCUGCAGUAGCUGAUAUGAAAAUUGUAAUUUCUUCCAAGUACUCCGUGCACCUUUCAGAAUGUUUUUUUUGUUAUUACAUGGAAUUGUUUGUAAAGUAUAUGCCCUCUCUCUUUUAUUUUAUUUGCUGAUGUGUGAUAGAGUGGAAUGUGGUUUAUCAGAGUAUAUUUCCAAGCAUUGUCAGGUGAGCUUUUUGUGCUCAAGUGGUGUUAUAGAUUUACCAAAAUUAUAACUGAUUAAACAUUCUUUCUCAUCACCACCCUGGCCCUGUGGGCUGGGGAAUGUUGCAGCAGUUUUGCUGAUACUAUUUUCUCAUUCCUGCGAAACCAGACUGACAGUAAAUCCGCAGUUCAGCAGCAUUAACUUUGGUCUGUGUGAGUGUGCGUGUGUUUGUGUGUAUGUAUAUAAUAGCGGUUUCCGUGCAGCUGCUUUUUUCGUUGUGGGGAGAUUGUUUCUCUCUUUCGAUGGCAUACUGCUACUGCAUGGUAUACUAAUAUUCUGUGCACUUGUAUUUGGUAAUAAGAGAAUUUUCUAAGCCGUUAUGAUUGUACCAUUGCUACUGAAGAUAUGUCUGCAGAUUGUAAUAGCCCAAACUAGAAAUCAGUAUCAUGUGAAAUAGUUCAAAUUGUGUAUUAUUAUUGUUUCAUUCAGUCAGUUUGUGUCACAGACUAAAAUGUACAUGCUUUUUAUGAUAUUGCUGUUGUGCCUCAAUCAAAAUUGUGCAGCCACAUAAAUUGUGGCACGAGUGUAUAUUGGGCAGUGUUUUGUAUAAUUUAGGAAUAAUAUUUGUGUCAUUUAUUUUUAAGUCUUUUUCACAGUUCUAUAUAAAUUUUAGUGCAUAUUUGAGAAAGACAAUUAAGUGAUAUGCUGCCAUACACUUGGUACUCUGUAUGUAAUGAAACUGUUAUCACACUUUUCUCUGUAACAGUUUGUUUUAACAGCAAUAAAUUUCCAAAACCAUA